UUCCAGUCUAGUUACUUUUAUUAAAAAAAGAGAAAAGCUAGAGAGAGAAGCUCUCCUUUCCUCCUGGAAAUCACUUCCCUCACGAUGGCGCCGUUUGAAAUUUGAAUUUGCUAUGCUACUGUAGCUCUUUCCCCAUCUUUACGUCUACACGUUCUCCUCCUCUCCAUGGCCAAAAGCAAAAAGAAAUCUUUGUCUCUCAACUCACGCGGUACCCUUUCACGGAAGCAGGAGACAUCCCAAACAGAUCUGCACAAUAAAAUAGUUCUGGCUUUGGAAGCGCCUCCUGCUUCAUGUGGCCCUACCAGAUCUACCCGUUUUGAAGAAAAUCCUUCUAUUAAAGCCUUAGCUGGUGGGUCCGGUCCUGGUAAAUACUUAAUUUACGCUGAAGAUGGUUCUGGUGCUUGCGGGGCUGCUAGUACUACUGCUGAAGAUCAUGUCGCCAUCGAAGAUUGCUCUGAUGGUGAAGCUUGCGAUGCUGACCAGGUUGACUACCCUGCCUUGGAGGAUGGUUUUGGAUCUGGUUCAAAAUUCUUCCUCUCCCCCACUUCAAACUCUGGCCAGAGUGCGCCGACUUCAAACCCUCCCUGUGGCAAAGAAAUCUCAGGUACGGGCGUACUCCAUAAAGAGCCAUCAACCUUGGAGGGUGGUCUUCAUGCACACUCAGGUACCAUAAAACCUCUUGAGCAUGCUAUAGGGAAGCGGCGUGAUUUAUUUACUUCCAAUCGUAGUUGUGCUGACUGCCUAAAGUUAGUUCAUUUUUCUGGAUUAAAUGCUGGUAAAACUUGCACUCUUCUGGAUGAGGACUUCGAUAGCAAUUAUGAUGUAUGGAAAUCUUGUAUUGUUGGAUACGUAGCUGGUAAAUUUCCUGGAUUUAAGGCUUGCAAUAACAUUAUUGCAAAUACAUGGUGCUGUGAAGCUAGUCUAACAAUCCAUGAGUCAGGCUGGCUGGUAUAUCGGUUUAACAAUGUUAAUGACAAACUUGAAGUCCUCAGUAACGGCCCUUACUUAGUUUAUGACAGGCCCUUGAUGUUGAAGCCUAUGCCCGAAUAUUUUGAUUUUGCACCUGAUGAAAUGACUAAGGUUCCGAUUUGGGUGAAAUUCCCAAACCUCCCUUUGGAAUGCUGGUCUACAAAGUGUUUGUCCAAGAUUGCUAGUAUGCUUGGUAAACCUAUUCAAAGUGACAAAUUAACUGCUUCAAUGUCUAGGUUAUUCUUUGCUAGAGUUUUAAUUGAGCUGGAUUUAUUAGUUGUGCUGCCUUCUUCAAUCAAUAUUCUGUUGCUUAAUGGAGCUACAUUGGUCCAACCGGUGGUCUAUGAAACUAUGCCUAAAUUUUGUAAGUUUUGCAAAAUUCUUGGGCACACUACUGAGGCAUGUUCUAAGGCCUCUACUGCUGAUGGGUUGAGUAAACAGGGAGCAAAGGAUGAUGCCCCUAAUGUGACUUCUAGACGUAGUAGAGUCCAUGCUAGAGUGGGACAGGCUAUUGUAAAUGCAAUGCAGGUUCUGGACCCCAUGCAAGCUGAGGCUGAACUCACUGCAGGUUGUAUUAAGACCACUACUUCUAUUGGGGUGACUAAUAAAGGAGCUAAGGGUGGUGAAGCUGCCAGCUGUGAUGAUGUUCACGCCAGCUUUGAUCCUGAUGCUGAGGUGCCGGCUAUGGAGAACAUUGGGAGAAAGGCAGCUGGGGUGCAGAGCUUGGACCCAAUGCAUGCUGAGGCCGAGGCAAUGGCUGAAGAAUGGGAAAAGAGCAAACGACAAUACAUGCCUCGCAGUAGGGGGCUAUCUGCAGGUGGUGGCCCUCGUGCUAGCACUCAGAAUUCCAAAGGCAAAGAAAUAGCUGGCGGGUCUGUGGCCACGCCUAAGGCACGGGUUUUUGAUGGAUCUUCAGUAGGGGUGGCAACCAGUAAUGAGACAAGAAGACUUUCCACUAGAGCAUCUGGUAGUGGUAGGAAAUAUCCUACCACACCUACUCUGUAAUGCAUAUCUAUUGCUGGAAUAUCAGAGGGCUGAACAGCCCCCUGAAACAACAUGAGGUUUCGGUUGAAAAAUUGGAAGUUCCUCUCCAAUUUGGAUGUUGCACGCUAUGCAAGAAUUGUUGUGUUUUGGAAUCCUGCCACUGUUGAUAUUGAGCUUCUUGCUGUCUCAGAACAAGGACUCCAUGUUUCUAUCAGGUGUUUAGUCAGCCACCUUGAGUUUGUCGCCACCUUUGUUUAUGGUCUUAACACCAUUACAGCUAGACGAGGUCUAUGGAAUGAUUUGCGGCAAUGGCUCCUGCAAUGCCUUGGAUUAUCAUGGGUGACUUCAACUCCAUUCUCUCUCAGCAGGACAAGUAUAAUGGUGAACCUAAGCUGCUGCCUGAUAUGGUCUUAUUAUGGUCUCUUUUGCUUUGAACAUGGUACUUGCUGCUGGGUUCAACGGUUGAUGAUUAGAUGAAUAUGAGCUGUUAUGGUGCUCCUUUCAUCCCAGGUUUCUGUCUGUUGGUUUUCAUCUAGUCUGCUGUGUACUGCUUGCUUGCUGUUGCAGCCCGAUUGUUAUGUGCUGUACUUUUGGGAAGUAUAUGACUCACUUCCUUCUUUUGUUGGUUAACUUCAGCACCUAUUACACUUAUAGGUUUCUUAGUUAACCAAUUUCAUCUGUGUUCCGUUACAAUUUAUCAAUACAAGUCAUUUCAAAAAUAUUAAAUGGUAA